AACAGAACCGAACCGGACUAAACCGGACCGGACUGAACCGGACCGGAGUUCAGCAGGCAGGCGGCUUCAUCUCCUCCUGCGGACUGAGGGAGCGGAGUCUUCCUCACCGGUACCAACCCAAGCUGCGCGUGUCCGUGUCCGUGGGUGACCGUGAGCGCGUGUGGAGUGGACCACUCCCUUCAUCAGAUCCACCUGAAGAGGCGCUGAUCAGGGUCAGCAGAGAUGAGACGGUUCUGCUGGUUCCUCCAGGCUGAUCUGAUCCAGGAUCAGUGAUGUGGCGUCUGCAGCCAUCCAACAUGGCUGCCACAGUGUUUGUCCUGCUGCUGGCGGGGGUCAGAGGUUUGCAGCUGGAGGACAGAGAGGAGAGAAUCUGUGCGUUCAGUAGAAGCCCAAAGGGGGCGGAGCCUGUGUCCACCAAUGAGCUGCGAGGAGAGCUGCAGGAGAACGGCACCAUCCGCUGCAGCCGCGGCUCCCGCUGCUAUGGAUUAUGGGAAAGACGAGCAGACGGGGAGAUGGAGCUGCUGAACCAAGGCUGUUGGAUGCACACGGGGAACCAUCAGGAGUGUGUUGGAGAGCGCUGCAUCCUGGUGACUAGAUCCCAGAUGCAGAAAGCCAGCUACCGUUUCUGCUGCUGCAGCCACGACCUCUGCAACGCCAACUACACUGAAGCUCCGCCCACCGCCGACACGCCCGCCCUGAAGCCCAUGAGGAACGACCUCGGCCUCGGUCACACAGAUCGUCGGCUGACGGCUAAGGAGGCGGUUCUGGUUGCCUUGGUAACUGUUGCUAUAGCAGCUCUUCUCAUCAUUGCGCUUUUCCUGGGAUACCGGAUGAUAAAAAGGCAGCAGAAACGCAGCCUGUCUGCUGUGAGCGCCAUGGAGGCGGCGAGCCCUGAACCAGCCGUGGACCUGGACAGCCUGAAGCUGCUGGAGCUGAUUGGUCGAGGCCGUUACGGCGCCGUGUUCCGCGGCGCUCUAAAUGAGCGCUGCGUGGCCGUUAAAGUCUUCAGCUCUGCUAACCGGGCGAACUUCUCCAGCGAGCGCUCCAUCUACCGCCUGCCUCUGCUGCAGCAGCACGACAACGUGGCGCACUUCCUGGCUGCCCAGGAGAGGGCGACCGGCGACGGCCGGCCAGAGUUCCUGAUCCUCAUGGAGUUCUACCCUCACGGCUGCCUGUCUCAGUACCUGUCGGAGAACACGGUGGACUGGCUGACCUGCUGCAGGAUGGCCCACGGCGUCACCAGGGGACUCGCCUUCCUGCACACCGAACUCUGCAGAGGAGACCAGUACAAACCCCCCGUGGCCCACAGAGACCUGACCAGCAGGAACGUCCUGGUCCGAUCCGACCUGUCCUGCGUCCUGGCCGACUUCGGCCUGUCCAUGAAGCUGACGGGAACCAGAAGCUGCCGGCCCGGAGACGACGAGACCGUGGCCAUAUCCGAGGUGGGGACAGUCCGGUACAUGUCCCCGGAGGUUCUGGGAGGAGCUCUGAACCUCAGAGACUGCGAGUCGGCUCUGAAGCAGGUGGAUGUUUAUGCUCUGGGUCUGCUGCUCUGGGAGAGCUUCAGGAGGUGCUCCGACCUGUUCCCAGGUGACGCCGUCCCGGAUUACCAGUUGGCCUUCCAGGAGGAGGUGGGGAACCAUCCCACCUUUGAGGACAUGCAGAUCCUGGUGGUCCGUGAGAAACACCGACCCAGAUUCCCUGAAGUCUGGAAGGAGAACAGCCUGGCCCUGCGGGCGCUGAAGGAGACCAUGGAGGACUGCUGGGACCAUGACGCCGAGGCCCGACUGACGGCGCAGUGCGCUGAGGAGCGGCUGGCCGACCUCAUCCUGCUGAGCCCUCAGACCGCGCUGCACAACCACAGGAAUCUGACUCACAGCUGCUGGACGCCUCAGAUUAGCUCCGUCUCCUCCUACAUUGAGGAUCUUCAGGUGGGCGUGGUUAAAAAUCUCCACGGCGACGGUCACGCCAGAGCAGAAGGUGGAGAGAAGAACAGCAACUGCAUCAACCAGCAGCGGCAGCAGACUCUGGCUCGCCCGCCCCCAUCAGGCUACAGCAUCUCUGACCACAGAGGGGGCGCUGCUGCUGCUGUCUGCCUGCAGCUCACAGAGGAAGACCUGGACGCCUCCAAGAUGGAUUCCCAACAGGUCCAGAAGAACCUGAGAGAACCCUCCCAGGAGAACCUGGUGGAACAUUCCCAGAAGCGCUUUGGAUCGGUACCACAGACCUCCACCCUGAACCACAGUGUGGAGGCGACCCGUCCAGAAGAACCAGAACCUUCAUCCUCUAUACAGCAGCAGAACCUUCCCCAGAGGCCCACCAGCCUCCAGCUGCUCCCCAAACCCAGAGAGACCCGAGUGAAGGCGGGGAGGUUCAGGUCCAACCACCGACAGGUGGAGACCGGAGUGGCUAAGAUGAACGCCAUCAUCCCGUCUGCAGAGCCACACCUGGUUACCACGGUAACUAACCUGAGGAGCGGCGCCACCAUCGGGUCGGAGGAGCUCGGUGCUGCCGCUGGCCACAACUCAGGGGUUCCUGUUCUGGUGACCAAUAGGAUGAGAGGAGGAGGAAGAAGCAACCCUGCAGGACCCAAGGAGGAAGAGGAGGAGGGAGGAGGAAGGGAAGGAGGAGCAGACAGUGUGGACCUGACCUUCAGUCCUGAUGAACAUGAACCUCUGCUGAGGAGAGAGCAGCUUCCUGCUGAGAGCGACCCUCCUCAUCCUCAUCCUCCCGGCCCGCCGGGCCCAGCAGGACCAGGAUCCAACUCCAACAACAACAACAACCGAGCCGCCGUCGGUCCGGAGCUCCCUGAGCCGGAACCGCUUAGCGGACCUACAGCAUCAGGGACCAAGCAGAAAGUUCUGCAUUCUGGACCAGAACCACCGUCCAUCUGUCCUGCUGACGGAGAUGAAGGUCCAGAUCAGACAGAAGCAGAAGGAGGCCUACAGAACCAGAACCCAGGUUCUGGAGCCUCCAGGUCCAAAGUCCAGACAUCAGAACCAUCCAGAGUUCUUCAGAACCAAUCAUCUCCACCUCUGGACGUAUCCGCCUUGGAAGCCAAGGCUCUGGAUCCGGACCCAGCAGAACCUGCAGAACCUCAAACAGCGGGUCUGCUGGUGGCGCCACUCCGACAGACCAGAACCAGGCGGCCGGAGCGGCCCUGUUCCCUGGACCUGUCCUCCUCCUGCGUCUCCUCAGAUGACGCCUCUCUGAUGGACCUUGGCAGCCUGAGCGCCAGCGGAGAGAAGAUCAAGCGGCGGGUGAAGACGCCCUACACCCUGAAGAAGUGGCGCCCCGCCUCCUGGGUGGUCUCCUCAGAACACGACCUGGACCUGGAGUUCGACUUCCGGGACAGCGGCGGUCCAAACAGAGCAGGAGGCGCCGGCGUGCCCAGAAUCAACCAGUCCAAGUCCAGCAUGGCCGUGUUUCUGGUCGGAGGCGGAACCACGGCGACCGCCACCUCAGAGCCGGACGGGCUGACCCGGUUCUGAUCACAGACAUCCGAGGAGAAGCGGACAGAACCGGACUGCGGGUCACAGAGGAGAUCCUGCAGCUGCAUCUCCUCUGUGAGCUCAGCAGGAGGCGCUGCAGGCCGCGUGGAGAGGAG